AUGUCCUCAUCACCAAACGAGUCAAAGGCUCUGUGUGACUACCUCGGAAUAGAGGAGGAGGUGGACUAUGGUAGCGAUACCAGUGUCCGCGGUGAUACAGGGACAAUGUCCGGCUCACUGAUGCCUGUGGCACAACCUUUGAACACCCCAAAUCCGUUCGCUGAACGUGGAGAUGCGAGCGCGCCAUCAGCGCAGCAUGCAGCAUCUGGGUCUGAUGAGACCAUCAUCACGAACCCGCUCGAUGAGCAACAACAAUUGAUCGUCCAAAGAGAAGACUACGCUCAUGUGGACAAACGUCUACGUCAAGCGGCCGGCCAAACCUUGGCAACGUGGGUCAUUUGCCAAGGGCCUAGGACUCCUGAGGAGGUGGUGAGCUGCCAGUCACUUCGUGAGAGGUACCUGGAGCCGCACCUAACGACUCAAAGUCAAUACAAGGCACGCCUUGACGUGCAAGCACGUGCUGCACCGGUUCCACCGAUCAAGGGUAUACCCAUUCUCUUGCUCGCAGGCGAAACAGUGAGCGAAGAAGACGAUGCCUUCGUUCACUGGGUGCACUAUGUGCGUCUCCUCAGCAACAUUUUCGCUCUAAGGGCUAGUGCCCAUGCGGCGGAUGUGCAUCUCGAACGCAAGCUUCGGUAG